UCGGACAGGCCACCUCCGAAUUUAUUGAUCCAUUCACCCCCAUCCCCUGCGCACCACCGCUCGAGCUCGAACAAGCCGCGCGCGCGCGCGUCGCGUGUGCUGUCCGACCGCCAUCUCCCAAGCCUGCUGGCCUAGCUAGCUAGCUAGCAGGUACAUCCACGCAAUGGCGAUGGCGACGCGGCGGUCGUGGGCUGUGGCAGCGCUGCUUGUGGCGUUGGCGGCGGCGUCGCUACUGCUGCCGUCGCCGGCGAUCGCGCAGCAGCCGUCGCCGUCGCCGUCGCCAACGGCGGGCGGCGGGAUGGACUCGGCGUGCAUGAACUCGCUGCUCAACAUGUCGGACUGCCUGACGUACGUGACCAAGGGGAGCACGGCGCGUCGGCCCGACACGCCGUGCUGCCCGGAGCUGGCGGGCCUCGUGGACUCCAACCCGAUCUGCCUCUGCGAGCUCCUCUCCGGCGCCGCCGACUCGUACGGCAUCGCCGUCGACUACGCCCGCGCGCUCGCGCUCCCCGGGAUCUGCCGCGUCGCCACCCCGCCCGUCUCCACCUGCACAGCCUUGGGGUAUGACGUCCGCGUGGGCCCAGCUGCAGCGCCUAUGUCGGGGUCGCCCUCGCCCAUGUCAGGCAUCUCUCCCUCCGGGGAGGGCCCACAGUUCCCAGGAACAUCGCCGGUGGCCUCGCCGCCGUCCUCGACCAGCACCGCGGCGCGGCGCUCCUCCGCCGUCAGCAGCCACCUCGUGACCCUCGCCAUGCUGCCGCUGGCCGCCGCCGCCGCCGUCAGCGGGAUACUGCUCUAGAUCUAUGAUUUUUCCCUUUGGUCUCAACAUUAUUUCCCACCUGGACAUUCGUAUAUGUUGUUUAUUACUCCUACUCUGCGAGUAUGUUCUAUACUUGUAUUCUAUGCUGCCGCUCGAUCUUCUGUUGUACUCCGUACGUAUACCGGCCGUGGGAUGGGCUUUAGCCUUGUUAAUUAAUUUCUUUGCCAGCUGAGAUGAGAUAUAUUACUGGUCGGCCCCAUUCAUGUGUAAUGUACGUGACAUUAUAUACGUAACUCCCUGGAUUUGGCCGGAUUCCCUCGCUA